AUGAUACAUGGACCAUGUGGUAUUUUGAAUCCUCACUCACCAUGCAUGGAAAAUGGUUCGUGUACAAAAAAAUUUCCGAAAGAUUUUCAAAAAGAAUCUCAACACAAUGCGAAUGGAUAUCCAUUUUAUCAACGUAGAGAUAAGGGUUUUAUUCAUGUCGGAGGUAAGCCAGUUGAUAAUCGAUACGUAAUCCCUUAUAACAAAUAUCUAUUAUUAAAAUUUAAUGCACACAUAAAUGUUGAAAUAUGUACAUCAAUAAAAUCCGUCAAAUAUAUUUUUAAGUACGUUUACAAAGGAUACGACUGCGCUAAUAUAGAUCUUAAAACUAAUUCGCUUCAAUCUCAUGAUGAAAUUAGAAUGCAUAUAAAUGACCGAUAUGUAAGUGCAUGUGAAGCCAUGUGGAGAUUAUUAGAAAAUCGUAUGCAUGAUCGAUCUCACGGUAUAAAUCGAUUAGCAAUACACUUGCCAUUUCAUCAACCGGUAUAUUUUAUAGAAGGACAAGAACGUCAGGCAUUAGAGAAAUCUGCCAGCAGAAAUACUACAUUAACUGCCUGGUUUGAAUUAAAUAAAAAUGAUGUUAAUGCCCGUCAAUAUUUAUAUGUCACUAUACCAUAUCAUUAUACUUUCAGCGCUAAUAAGUGGAAACUUAGACAAAGACAAAACAAUAUAAUUUCAAGGAUGUAUACUGUUGAUCCUAAAUCCGGCGAGAGAUUUUUCCUACGUUUACUAUUACUUCAUGUUGUUGGCGCCACAAGUUUUGAAUAUUUGAGAACUGUAAAUGGAGUUUUAUAUAAUACUUUUAAAGAGGCGGCUUUUAAAAGAAAUUUAUUGGUUGAUGACAAGGAAUGGGAAGCAUUUAUGGAAGAAGCGUUAACAUUUUUAAUGCCCAUACAGUUGCGUCAAUCUUUUGCCUUUAUUUGUAUUUUUUGUCAGCCAGAAAAUCCAAAUAACCUCUGGGAAAAAUUUAAAAAAUAUAUGAUAGAAGAUUUCGCACAUACCCAUACAGAUUCUAUUGCAAUUAAUAUGGCCUUAUCAGAUAUAGAAAAAGUAUUGCACGACCAUGGUUUUCGUUGUAGUAAUUUCAAUUUGCCUGUUCCUACUUUAAUAGCUCAGGAUGAUUUUUAUAAUAAUGAUCUUGAGGCAGCUGAGGCAUUGAAACUAAUUACUAAAUUAAAUUUUUUACAAAAAUCAGCCUUUGAUUUAAUCGUUCAAUCUAUCGAAAAUAAUGAUUUUCCUCAGCGUUGUUUUUAUAUUGAUGGUCCAGGUGGAUCGGGAAAACCUUUUUGUAUAAUACCCUAA